GACGUAGCCGGGGGCGUCAGGCUCUGUGUUGGUUGGAGGCAGCAUGUGGGUCUGCAGCACGCUGUGGCGGGUGCGAACCGCCGCCCGGCAGUGGCAGAGGCUGCUCCCAGCUUCUGGCUGUCACGGACCUGCCGCCUCCUCCUACUCUGCAUCCGCCGAGCCUGCCCGGGUCCGGGCGCUUGUCUAUGGGCACCACGGGGAUCCAGCCAAGGUCGUCGAGUGUACAGCCUUGGCCUCAAAGGAGCCAUUGUGACCUUAUCCAGGCUGGGAUCUGUUGAUUGAGGACAGUGGCAUCCCCUCAAGUUGCAUGGCGCCAUUACGCUCACAGAGGAAGGACGCGAACGAGGUAUAACCAGGGAAUUGUUUCAAAGGUUUGCUUGGAUAUUCCCACAACUGAUAACAGCUGCCAUUUCUUCAGCAUCUACUGUACUCAAGAACCUGGAGCUAGCUGCUAUGGGAGGAUCAGAUGUCCAUGUGAAGAUGCUGGCGGCCCCUAUCAAUCCAUCUGACAUAAAUAUGAUCCAAGGAAACUACGGCCUCCUUCCCGAACUGCCAGCUGUUGGAGGGAACGAAGGUGUUGCACAGGUGGUAGCAGUGGGCAGCAAUGUGACCGGGCUGAAGCCAGGAGACUGGGUGAUUCCAGCAAAUGCUGGUUUGGGAACCUGGCGGACCGAGGCUGUGUUCAGCGAGGAAGCACUGAUCCAAGUUCCGAGUGACAUCCCUCUUCAGAGCGCUGCCACCCUGGGCGUCAAUCCCUGCACAGCCUACAGGAUGUUGAUGGACUUCGAGCAGCUGCAGCCAGGGGAUUCUGUCAUCCAGAACGCAUCCAACAGCGGAGUGGGGCAAGCAGUCAUCCAGAUCGCCGCAGCCCUGGGCCUAAGAACCAUCAAUGUGGUCCGAGACAGACCUGAUAUCCAGAAGCUGAGUGACAGACUGAAGAGUCUGGGGGCUGAGCAUGUCAUCACAGAAGAGGAGCUAAGAAGGCCCGAAAUGAAAAACUUCUUUAAGGACAUGCCCCAGCCACGGCUUGCUCUCAACUGUGUCGGUGGGAAAAGCUCCACAGAGCUGCUGCGGCAGUUAGCGCGUGGAGGAACCAUGGUAACCUAUGGGGGGAUGGCCAAGCAGCCCGUCAUAGCCUCUGUGAGCCUGCUCAUUUUUAAGGAUCUCAAACUUCGGGGCUUUUGGUUGUCCCAGUGGAAGAAGGACCACAGUCCAGACCAGUUCAAGGAGCUGAUCCUCACACUGUGCGAUCUCAUCCGCCGAGGCCAACUCACAGCCCCUGCCUGCUCCCAGGUCCCGCUGCAGGACUACCAGUCUGCUUUGGAAGCCUCCAUGAAGCCCUUCAUGUCUUCAAAGCAGAUUCUCACCAUGUGAUCAUCCCAAAAGAGCCGGAGUGACGUGAGAGGGGAAGCAGAUCUGAGGGGCUGGGUGCAGGCCCCUCAGUCGGGGUUCCCACCUUCCCCAGACUACUGCUCUCCUCACUGCCUCUUCCUAUUAGGAGGAUGGUGAAGCCAGCUGUGGUUUUCCCCAGGGCCAGCCUUAAGGUAUCUAAUAAAGUCUGAACUCUUCCUUCCAAAAAGUAGAAGUCAUCCCUGUCAAGGACCGUCACUCUGCACUGGUCAGCUCACAGCACCAAGAGGCCCCCUUCCUGCUUUUCUGUCACGUGUUCCCCCAGUAAUCAUUUUCUGACCACCCUGAAAGCAAAGCCUGGGUGGACACUGCCAGGGCAAAGACCAGUAGGCCACCAUCCCUGGCUUCAAGCUGCACAAGCCCACAGAGGAGGGUCCUGUAGAACGAGCGCUUUGCUGUGCUUCUCAGGAGUGUGCGGCCCGGUCCAGGGCUUCGGGAGGAUCAGCUGCACGGAAGAGUCAAUGCCAGGCUGAGGUCAUCAGAGCCCUGAGGAACGAGGACGUGGGGUCUCCACUCUCAUGGAACUGCCGUUCUAACUGAAGACAUAGACAGUAUACCAGUGGUUCUCAACCAGAGGCAAUUUUACCCCCAGGAGACAUUUGACAAUGUCUGGGAAUAUAUCUGGCAGUCACAGCUUGGGGAGGAGGUUGCUACUGGCAUCCAGCAGGCAGAGUGAGUACUGCUGUUAAACCCACCACAGGACACGCAACAGCCUCCUGCAACAAAGAAUUACCCAAGGCCUGGCGCGGUGGCUCACACCUGUAAUACCAGUACUUUGGGUAACCAAGGCGAGCGGAUCACUUGAGCCCAGGAGUUCAAGGUCAGCCUAGGCAACAUGGUGAAACGCCAUCUCUACAAAAAAUACAAACAUUAGCCACCCGUGGUGCUGUGCACCUGUAGUCUCAGCUACUCAGGAGGCUGAGGUGGGAGGAUCACCUGAGCCUGGGAGGUCUAGACUGCAGUGAGCCAUGAUCAUGCCACUGCACUCCAGCCUAGGCGACAGAGCAAGACCCUAUCUCAAAAAAAAAAAAAAUUCAGCUCCCAAAUGUUCAAUGUUCAUGAGGUCAUUGAUAAACCCUGCAUUAAACAGUCUCACAGUAA